UCCGGCGGUCAGUCACUCAGCAGCCUCACGAGCGACCUCAUGUGCUCCCUGUGGAUCCUCCUGCAGGUUUUCGGCGUGAUGCUCGGCGCGCCCAGGGCCGCGACAUCUGACCUACACAUCGCCGCGGCGUACUACGAGUAUGGGCACGAGUACGAGCACAAGGACGAGGGCUACUACGGCCCCUACGAGGACGACUAUGAGCACGAGCACGAAUACGAACACGAAUACGAGUACGAGCACGACUUCGUCCACGUGGUGCCCACGCCGCCCAUUUACCAUCAGGACAGCAAAAUCCACAGUGAAGGCAGGCCUUCGGCCAUCUCUGUCCAGCGACCACAGUCGAUUACCGUCAGCAAAGUAACGGUUUCGACAGCCAUCGAAAUCCCUUGUUCACCCGGCUUCAAACGCUGUAACAACGAUUGUUGCUAUCAAGAGACACCUAAACCGCCCUGUCGGGGCGGCGCGCAGCGCACAGUCGGCGGCUGUCCCCCUACAUUCCACUGAGCCAGUCAACACGGCCGGCCUCAGGGACCUGCGCAGUGCAGCCCGGCAACCAGGCAGCCAGGAAGCCAGCGCAGCCAUCGUAGCCGGGCAGCCAGGCAGCCAGGCAGCCAGGCAGCCAGCGCAGCCAGCGCAGACGGGGAGCUGCCACCUGGGCAGACGGACACGCCUCCAGCAUGGGACACGGACAUGCCGCUCCAGCGGUCUGGCCUUGGAGCGAGCACAGCCGCGCCCACCGGCCCGUCUCGGCAAGAUUAGCUGCCCACCCCGCUCUGCCCAUGGCGCGGGGCGCCUGGUGACGGUUUGAUCCGUGGCGUACAUGUAUCUUCGCCUUCUUUGGCGCCUGUCAGCUUGAUGUUGGGGAUUUCACUGAAGCAGGGCUAAGCGACCAGCACAGAGCAACAGCCAAGCGGUGGGGCCACACAAACAUACACCCGCCCCCGGGCGCCCAACCUCAACACCGUACGCUAACGCUACUGAGUCACCAUGAUCUUGUCCAGGCGCGCCGGCCGCCCACACAAGGGAGCCGUGGCCAUACCGCUUCAACCGAGACACGGGCGAAACAUUUGGGGAAGGGAAGGUUCAACUCCUCUGUUACCUACAUUCCGCGUGAAGGCAAAAAACGCAAAUGAUGACAAGCGCAGAUAGUUAACUUUUGGAGACAAAUGUCAUCGUUCGCACAGCGGCUUAAACAUCUACCCGGACCCUUCCAUCAGCCCACUUUAGAUUCGAGUAAUUGCAGUGCACGAUGAGCCGAGGCCGGUGGGAGAAAUCCCGCAUUGACCCCAGAGUGCGUAACACACGCCGGCGUUGCCCAUCUGUUAACCUAACAUGCCUUGUAUGAGACGACUUUUUAUACCUUCAGAGCUUACCAUAAUAUGCAAGACCAACGAUGUCAUUUUGCACAGACUUGGACAUCUAAAACAGGCUUAUAUGGCUGAUUGCGAUCGUUUUGACAUUUGAUUCGUGACUUUUGCAUGAUACCACCUUGGGAACUCUUACUGACAUCAUCUAUUCGUACGACGCAAACAUUUUAGAUUCUGAAAACCUCUAAAAAUCGUGAGAAGCGCUGGAAAACACGUUUCGCCCAAAUAAUCAAACAGCAUGCUGAAGUCGGUGGGGGAUACCAACACCACCGUUCACUUCUUUAGGAUACCAAUGCUCAUGAUGACCAGUGGCCAUUUUCGCACAGCAAAGCUACAGCUCACGCCGCUGUUGAUGGAAACCGCCAGAAAGACACUGAAAACGGCGCAUGGCUUCUCUGUGAUUGUUCAAUGUUGAAAUAUUGACAUGAAUAAAGAGUGGAAUUAAGUGCUCAAUACGUGAUUAAAUGCAAGUGUUUACGCAGUGCAUUGCAUGUUUCCGCAGGUAGUUUUACUCUAUAAAAAUCCUACCCGCGCAACUCGUUGGCAAUGGUCGGAUUGUGCAAAGAGCGCAAAGCACACUAUGAGAACCAUGAGUAUCCGCAAUUAUCAAAAAGUGAGCACUUUUCAUUGAAAGCCUCAGAGUUUCAUUAACUACGAUAAAUGUGUGCAAACAUUUCACAUUGGCUUUAUGCAUUCGGCUGUAUGGUGGGGUGUCAAAUUUUGACGGCGUGCCAGACGUCUCCUUAUCCAGUCAUCAUUUACUUAAACCAUAUGAAGGCCCAAAAUCAACAUUAGCAUGGUCUGAUAAGAAACAAACAAACCUCCGUUACAAACACUGCAAUUGACCUACAGCUGAUUCCACCGCUUCUAAUUGCAGGGUCUGUUCGGAGCGAUGAAUGAGUUCUUGCGACGCCGCAAAAACCUGAUCGCUGUUCGGCAGUGUUCCCUUGGAAAUUCCAGCAUUGCAUAUAUCAUUUUGACCAUCUGAUCAUUGUUUCAACAUUCAUCGGUAUUUCUGAUCAUCUGAUCCACUUCGUGAGCCACAAACCACAGGAAGGGUUAAAUCAUCCUAGAGACGUGCAUUGCAGUUUGUGGGCGCGCCACAUCCGUUAAAGGGAGUGUCCCACAUUUAAGAAUAUUGAACCAAGCAUCAGAUGUAUGACCUCAGAGAAAAAUACGAGACGUGCUAAAGCAAUUUAAGGUGUUCCACGUUACACGCCGUGGAAAAAUCCUGUUCUGCUUUCACAAAGCGAAAAGGUGUAAUAUUCGAAGGACUGGCAUAACAUCCACGCUAUCCCAGCACACGCUUAGUGGAAGCCAUCCACGUAUGCGUCUUUGACGGCUUACCUUAUCACGCGCUCGGGUGGGGAGGGGUCAAAUUGACCUCCCCCGAAGGUUUUUUCAGAAUGGUUUCCGAACGGCAUGGCGUAGCCACGCCACAUUUUGCACAGCU